CCUCGGCGUCGUUGCGGUGGCUUGAAGAGCUCGAAACCGAAUACAAUCAGGGCUUCACGCUCCCACCAUCACACUUCUGCCGUGUAAUAUUAUUUUGGGAAGGAACGACUCUCUUGCAUUAGGUGUACGAUGCGUUGUUUUGGUGCUGUGACACUGAGGCUCAAGUUCCCUGCGAUACGUUCUACCCACUGUCCAGCACUGCUCGACAUGGACUCGUCCAAGGUUUCUCGUGAGAUUGCCAUGGUCACAGGGCCGAUGAUUAUAGAUAUGUGCCUCACCUGGGGAUUCAUGGGCAUCACUCUCGUUCAAGUUUCAUUACACGACCGAAGACGUAUACUUCACCUCCUGCUUGAACAAUCCGCGCGGCCUAAAAACCCCCGUCGGCAGUUGUCCUUCCUCGGCAUCCUCCAGACAGCCAUGGUCACGGCGGACGCGUCCCACUGGUUCGUUUUUGGAUCCGCCAACAUGAUCCAGCGCAACGACACGUUCCUCGACUCCUGGGACGUGCCGAUGCUCGACGACCGCAUCUCGCUCAUUGUGCAACUCUUAUACUGCUGGCCGAGGCUGGCCGCAUAUACGUCUUCCGCAAGAGCAUGAUCCCCCCUAUCCUGA